AUGCAGCCAGCCUCUGCCUCUGCCUCUACGUCUGUGAUCGAUGCCACAGGCCACUUUGCUAAAAGAAAGAAGACUUCCCUGUGGUUUACCAUCGCUCUUCUUACUGUAUCAAUUUUUAUACUGGUAAUUGGCCUUACUGCAACCACAAGGACAGAGAACAUAACAGUUGGAGGUUACUACCCAGGGAUCAUUCUUGGCUUUGGAUCUUUCCUAGGUAUUAUUGGAAUUCAUAUGGUAGAAAACCGAAAACAAAUGUUAGUAGCCGCCAUUGUAUUUAUCAGUUUCGGAGUUGUAGCAUCGUUCUGCUGUGCUAUAGUUGAUGGAGUGGUUGCGGCACGACAUAUUGAACCAAGACCUUUGUAUAAUGGGAGAUGUAAUUUCUAUGCAAGUGGAUCAGGACUUGCUUAUGACACACAACAGACACAAGUAACAUGCUCCACUUCAAGCAGUCAAUGUCAUCUGAGAAUUAGGACUCAUACAUGCUACUGUUGUGAUCUCUAUGACUGUGAAAAUUCAGAACAGUCUGGCAGCUUCUAUGAAUUUGUUGGCGUAAAUAGUUGCCAGGAUGUGGUUCACUUAUACCGGCUGCUGUGGACCUGCACCGUCCUGAAUAUUGUGGGCCUCUUCCUUGGCAGUGUCACAGCGGCUGUCCUUGGAGCCUUCAAGGAUAUGGCACCAAUUUCACAACACAACUUUAACUCGCCUCCUCCACAGAUACUCUACAAUCCAGCACAACAGAUCCUGACCUAUACUGGUUUCUGCUCUCCAUCAUCCUCCCUACCUUCCUAUGCGUCAUAUCCACUACCACUGCAGCCUUCAGGUUCGUAUCCAGCUACUUCCUCUGCAGAUAUCUCAUUAUCAGAUGACAUCCAGCAUCCAUCCCACUCCAACUCUAUGAAUGCAUUGGCUUCAAAUCUACAUUCACAGUAUGACUCUACUAACAUGGUGUUACCUGUUGAGAAGCCGCCUCCAUAUGUUCCUUAGGCUCAGUGCUCUGAUGCAAGGACCAUGUGUGACUUGCAGGAAACCAAGGAUUAAAAGGGCUUUCUGGAGAAAAAGUGAAACAUUCCUUCCAACUUCCAAAAUACUCACAUCAGGUGUAAACUUAAUAGUCUAGACAACAGAUUUACAUCAAUACAGUUUACUAUGUGU